CGUUUGAUUGACAGUUUCCAUUCUGUACCUAUUCUGUGUCCUGUUUUCUGACUGUGAAACACUGAUGAAAGAAGGCUAUUUCGAGUUCUGUUUUGUAGAUUUCUUGUUUUUGUGGUCAUAAUAAUAAUUAUUAUUAUGUUCAGUUUUGUGAGUUAAUUGAAGUGUUAUAAAUUUGACAACCAGUUCUUUUUAACUUGUAAAAUUGAUGUGUGGACUAUUUGUUUCAAAAUCAACUAUUGAGGUAUUCAAAUUAUUCUAAAACUUGGAUGAUUAAUUACUAUCCUAGCUUGCUAAUGCUGCUAUUCUUCAGUCGUACUUUUUGAAAUAGCAACGCUCCAUCAUGUCAUCUUUCUUCACAAGCGCAAACAUACCUGUAACUCAAGUAGUGGCUACUAGAAAUGACGUGCAAACAAAUGACGAGAAAAAGUAUUGUUGGGUUUGCUUUGCCAGUGAGGAUGAUGAUGCACAAGCGUCUUGGGUUCAACCCUGUAAUUGUCGGGGUACCACUAAAUGGGUACACCAAGUAUGUUUGCAGAGAUGGGUUGACGAGAAGCAGAAGGGAAAUAUGUCGGGAAAGGUGUCUUGUCCACAAUGCAAUUCGGAAUACAUCAUAGUAUUCCCUGAUAUGGGUCCUCUGAUAGUACUACUGGAUGCCGUUGACAACAUAGUGUACAAAGUGUGUCCAUUUGUAGCGGCCGGCAUCGUUGUUGGCUCAAUCUACUGGACAGCGGUCACCUACGGUGCAGUCACCGUUAUGCAAGUGGUUGGAAACAAGGAGGCGAUGAGUAUGAUGGACCAGGUGGAUCCACUAGUGCUGCUGGUCGGCUUGCCUGCUAUCCCCAUCGUUCUCAUCCUAGGCAAGAUGGUCAGGUGGGAGGACACUGUCCUAACUUUCCUCCGCCGUCACUCCAACAAAGUACCUCUCCUAAAGUACUUGAUGCCUUCGUAUGUACUCUUGGGCGUUGGUGGGGUGGGAGGUGAGCGGGAGGGGCAGUCGGAUGUGCCCCCCCUGGCAGACUCGGUGUCGGCGACCCGCGUGCUGUGUGGCGCCCUGCUCUUCCCCACUGUCGCCACCAUCUGCGGCAAGAUAUUCUUUGACAACAUACCUUCCAAUAUACAACGAACUCUUCUAGGUGGAAUUACAUUCAUAGCUCUAAAAGGAUGUUUGAAAAUUUAUCACAUGCAACAGCAAUUUAUCAGACAAAGUAAGAGGAGAAUACUGGACUACACUCCUCCAGUGGUGCAGGCAGGCCCUGAACCAACCCCCACCCCCGACGCCACCCCUGUCAAUAGCCCAUCACAACCUUUGACCGAUACAUCACAAACAGCUUAAAUAUUGUUAAAAUUCAAAAGUUUGUACAUAUGAACAUAUAUAUAUUUAUACGAUUAAAAUUAAAUAGUUAUCAUUUUAAUUAUA